AUGAAGAAGGUUUUCACAUUCCUCCCUGGGCAUCGGCUAGAGAAGGAUAAGAAAGAUCCUCCAGAGGAAAAAGGCCGUUUCACUGCCAAACGGAGAGAACAAGUUCGACGGGCUCAACGUACCCACCGCGAGCGCAAAGAGCAAUAUGUCAGGAGCCUUGAGACAGAAGUGCUCCGCCUGCGCUCCAGCGAGAUGAAUCUCCAGGUUCAAACCGAGCAUCUCCACAACCACAUCAGUAUCCUCCAGGCUAUCUUGGAGACAAAUGGGCUCGAAUACCCGGUAGCGCCAUAUGACAGAGAGACCCUUGGCCCCCCAGAUGCAUACUCAGCCGCCUCCAGUGCUGCACUUGAAGGAUCACCCGCUGCGCGGCAGCAGAUCCUCAAGACCUCAUCAACCCCCGAUGAUAUUCCCGUAGGCUCUGUGGCAUUACAGCCUACUAUUGGAAAUGGACUAGGGCAAUGGGGGAAUACCACCGAGCGGUUAUGCGACAAAGACCUGAACGAGGUUGGCAUUGAGUUCGUCCUCGCGCUGGAGAACCCGUGUCUUCCGCACCUCGAGCCACUUCCUAACGAAGGGAAUGGCCAUGCCUUGACUGCAACGAUGUCUCUCACUCGGUUGCCUGCGCCACAUCUCCAUGCGGAUGGACAGGGGCAUGGAACUGCGAAUUCCCAGAACUCACCGCGAAAUUGCCCUAAUCAGGGAUCUGCACAAGCUAUACGAAACUCGAGUGUUAUCUUCAACAACCUUUUGGCGCUGUCUCAUGAGAUUAUCUUUGACGAAGAGAUCAGUCCAAUCCAAGCUUGGUCAUGUAUCAUCCAGCAGCCGUGGGCCCCACAGUUGGAGAUCCGCAAAAUCAAGGAAUUGGGCGAGUUGCUGCUGCAAUACAUUACUUGCCAUGGAUUCGGCGCUGUCCUUAGCCGAGACGCAUUCAAUGAUUCUAUUAAUAGUUUUGCAUCGAGCGUGCAAAGUCAAUUUUGA